CCAAACUGAACUGAUUCAAGAAAUACCGAAUUUCGAUUUUUAGUGUUUCCAGUACUGAACGAAGAAUGCGACCACGUCUUCGCCCGGCCACGCCACUGAAGCUGACGCUGGACAGUCUUCGUUGCCUCGAGCAAUCAGCGCCUGCAAGGUUCUGAACUCCGACAUGCUGAUUGGCAUGGGUGUCUGUUUAUUUGAAAGUUUGAGCGAAGGUGUGUGCAAAUGAUCUGACUGUGAGUCUGGAGGUGCGAUUUUUCGCACGAUUUCGUGCGAAUUAAGAAACCGAACUCUGUCAAUUUUGGCCAAUCGCUAAGGAAUUCAAAAUCGAGCUGUGACGGUCGGGUGUGUCCACUUGCGAAGGGCUGGAGGAAUUGGACCGUGUGUCAUAUUAUUCUCUAUUAUCGCUUGCAAAGUUGGUGACCCCGUUUCAAACAACCAGUUCUGCGAAGCACUGACAAGACGGCGCGAUGGGGAAGAAACAACAUAGCAAGGAUCGGAUGUUCAUCACCAAGACUGAAUGGGCAACAGAAUGGGGUGGAGCAAAAUCUCGUGAUUUGCGCACUCCCUUCAAGCGGCUGCCGUUUUAUUGCUGCGCGUUGACAUUCGUUCCUUUUGAGGAUCCAGUGUGUACAGUGGACGGUCAUGUCUUUGACAUACUCUACAUCGUGCCCUACAUUAUAAAGUAUGGAAAGAAUCCAGUGACAGGAUUGCCGCUUGCACUGAAGGAUUUGAUUAAGUUACAGUUCCAUAAGAAUUCCGAUGGAGAGUAUCAGUGCCCAGUUUUGAAUAAAGUUUUCACUGAGUUCACUCAUAUAGUGGCUAUCAGAACAACAGGAAAUGUAUUUUCGUACGAGGCAGUCAAAGAACUCAAUUUGAAGACUAAGAACUGGAAGGAGCUUCUUACAGACGAACCGUUCACCAAAGACGACAUUAUAACUAUCCAGGACCCUAACAAGCUGGAUGCUAAAGUCCUCUCAGAAUUUGAUCACGUAAAGCAUGAUACUAAGCUUGACGACGAAGAUGCGAAGAAACUUGCUGAGGAUCCUACUUUCAACAUCAAUAUGUCAGAAGAUACUAAAAGGAUGAUGCGGGAACUUGGAACUCAAAAUGGAAGAGAUGCCGCAUUGAUGGGAGGAGGAGGCAGCAAGGCACAAAAGGAACGUGCAGCUGCAUUUGCAACACUCGAGGCUGCUAGACAGCGAAUUAUUGACCAAGAUGGCCCACAGAAAGAGGCACCUGCUCUCAGCAUCGUUGAUGCUGCCUCAGCUUCUGUGCAUGGAAGAAGUGCGGAAGCUGCGAAGGCGGGAUCUGCAGAGAAAACUGCGGCUCGAGUUGCGGCUCACGCUCUUGGCGAGAUUGUGCCCUUGAAUACAAAGCUGGUGAAAAGCCGCUACACAUCAGGUGCAGCAUCACGCGGAUUGACUUCAACGACAUAUACACCCGUGACCACAAACGAUUUUGAGUAUGUUAAAGCUGAAAAAAACCCGAAGAAAAAAGGAUACGUUCGGCUGCAUAGCACCCAUGGAGAUCUGAAUCUUGAGCUACAUUGCGACAUUUGCCCUCGCACCUGUGAAAACUUCCUUACUCAUUGUGAGAACGGUUAUUACGACAGCCAAAUAUUUCACCGGAAUAUCAGGAACUUCAUGAUUCAAGGAGGUGACCCAACUGGCACAGGUCGUGGUGGGGAGUCAAUAUGGGGAAAACCGUUCAAAGAUGAAGUAAACUCGAAGCUUCUCCACUCAGAGAGAGGUAUAUUGAGUAUGGCCAAUAGUGGUCCUCACAGCAAUGGCUCUCAGUUUUUCAUCCUAUACAAAUCUGCUCCACAUCUCAACUACAAACACACUGUUUUCGGUCGAGUAGUGGGAGGCCUGGAAACUCUUUCUAAAACAGAGAAGGUUCCAGUUGACGACGAUGACAAACCUCUGGAGGAUAUCAAGAUAUUGAAGAUUUCUGUUUUUGUGAAUCCCUACACCGAACCGGAUGAGGAGGAAGUGAAGCUGAAAGAAUCCAGUGAGACAGCAGAAAAUGAGGCUGAAAAUGAGAAAAUGGGAUCUUGGUUUAGUAAUCCAAGCAUGAGACCAGCUAUCGAAGGUGGUCGUACAGGUGUAGGCAAAUAUCUUAGCAGUUUUCGAAAAGUAGAUACUGCUAAUGUAAAUUUGGAAAGUAUAGAAGUUUCUGAACAUAAGAGACAAAAGGUUGUACCAAGAUCGGGAACUGAGCUGAAGAAUUUCUCCUCUUGGUGAAAGUCCUUCCGCAGCAUGUUGUCAUUAUAUUUGUACGUACAUCAUGUAGGGUAGCAGGAAGGUGCAGUGGUAGGAAGAGUUAGGUAGGAAGAGCUGAAAGUGUUUUGUUGUUGGAGAGGUUUGACGGAAAGUGGAAAUUAUUUGCCAUUCAAAGUUUCCAUUCAGCCAACAUGUACGAUAUGAUUCUUUUAUAUAUUUCAUCACCUUCCUUUAAUAGUUAGGUUUUCUUGCUGAACAUUGCCAAUUC